AUUUGGCCACAUUCGAGUAAAGGCUUUAAAGCCACUCCUGAAAAGUUGGCAGCGGCCGGCUUCUUUUUUGACCCAAGUCCACAAUAUCCUGACAAUGUGACCUGCUUUCUAUGUGAAAAAUCACUUGACGGUUGGGAAAAAGACGAUGACCCUUUUACCGAACACAUCCAGCAUGCUGUUAAUUGUGCGUGGGCGGCGAUUAGAUGCUCAACUAGCAAUAAUAGAAAUGAAGGAUCAUUAUCAGCAUCAUCAAUGAUUAAUCCCGAGGACGAAAAUACUUGGCCUACCUCGAAACAUAUGGAAGAAAUGAGAAUCAAAACAUUUGGUGAAUGGUGGCCUCAUAUUGGGAAGAAAGGGUGGACUUUAACCGUCAAGAAGAUGGCCAAAGCGGGAUUCCAUUACACACCGACUAUUGAUUCAGAUGAUUCUGCGACAUGCAUCUAUUGUGGGUUAUGUUUAGACGGAUGGGAACCUCAAGAUGAUCCAACCAAAGAACAUCGUAAAAGAUCCCCAAAAUGUGCGUUUUUCUCGAAGCCGCAAAAAGCGAAAAAAGGACGCGCUCUUGUGACAAAACACCAACAAAACGAUGAUGAAAAAGAAAAUUUUAAUAACAAAGAUGAAAGUUCACUCCAAGAGACUCCCGCGAUAAUCGAGGAACAAGAAGAACAGAUCGUGGAAGAAACUCAACAAGAACAACCAUCUCAAACCGUUGAAGAGAAACAAGAAGAGUUACAACCACCACAACAAAGCAUUGAAGAGGAACCACAGCUUCAAGAGAAACAAGAACAGCUACAACAAAGCAUUGAAGAGGAACCACAGCUUCAAGAGAAACAAGAACAGCUACAACAAAGCGUUGAAGAGGAACCACAGCUUCAAGAGGAACAAAGACAGCCGCAACAACUAACUAUUGAAGAGAAACAAGAGCAACAAUCACCACCACAACAGCAAACUAUUGAAGAGAAACAAAAGCAACAAUCAACACAACCGCAAACUGAAGAGACACGAGAGAAACAAUCAUCACCACAACAGCAGACUAUUGAAGAGACACAAGAGCAACAAUCAUCACAACAGCAAACUAUUGAAGAGAAACAAGAACAACAAUCACCACCACAGCAGCAAACUACCGUUGUAGACGAGCCGCUAUUAUCGCAAACCGUUCUAGAUAAACCAUCAUUACCACAAACCAUU